CUGGUGAAACACUCUAAGAUGGGAGCAGUGCACAUGAGGGAUGACGUCAUGAGAAAGAGAAAUAAGAGAAAUACAUAAAAAAAGAAUCCCUCGGUGCAUUGCGUCAACAGCCACAGGAGGAAGAGGAAGAUUUGUUUACCUUUCGCCGCAUGAGUGUGUGAUGGAGGGCAACUCGACCCUUAAUGCAGGCACCAUCACCAGUGCCAGUGGGGACAAGAAGCAGGACCAGGUGUUGCUGCAACCCUUCACCUAUGUCCUGCAGUUUCCGGGUAAAAUGAUCCGUGCUAAGCUGGCUCAGGCGUUCAACUAUUGGAUGAAGAUCCCCGAAGACAAGCUGCUUGCCAUCUCGGACAUCAUACACAUGCUGCACAAUGCCAGUCUACUCAUAGACGACAUCGAGGACAACAGUGUGCUGCGCCGUGGCAUCCCCGUGGCUCACAGCAUCUAUGGGGUCGCCUCCACCAUCAACUCUGCCAAUUAUGUUUAUUUUCUCGGGCUGGAGAGGGUGUUAGCGCUGGAUCACCCAGACGCUACUCGAGUGUUCUGUGAGCAGCUUCUAGAGCUUCACCGAGGGCAGGGGAUGGAGAUCUACUGGCGGGAUUCCUUCACUUGUCCCACUGAGGCUGAGUACCGCCAAAUGACCAUCCGCAAAACUGGAGGACUGUUUGGCUUGGCGAUAAGAUUGAUGCAGCUUUUCAGUAGCUCGACGCAGGACUACUCCACCCUCACUGGCAUCCUCGGACUCUUCUUCCAGAUCCGUGACGACUACGCCAACCUCUGCAUGAAGGAGUACAGUGACAGCAAAAGCUACUGUGAGGACCUGACCGAGGGCAAGUUCAGCUUCCCAGUGAUUCACGCCAUCAGCACCCAGCCAGACGACCAGCAAGUCAUCAAUAUCAUUCGACAGAGGCCAAAGGAUCUGGAGGUGAAGAGGUACUGCGUGUCGCUCCUGGAAAAGUUUGGGUCCCUAAAACACACGAAGGAGACUCUUCAGAAGCUGGAGGUAGAGGCCCGGCAGGAAAUCACCUUGCUAGGGGGCAACCCACACCUCGAGGCACUUCUGGAUGAGCUGACAACCAAUGUGUAGAGGCACUGGGUUGUCUUAUCUGUGACCUGAAUGACCUGUUUUUUUGUGUGCUUGUUUAUGUGUGUUGUCGAGUUUUUAUUUAUUUAUUUGCUUCGCCAUUUUUUGUCAUCCUCUUCUUCAUGCAUUAUUUUAUUUCUCUCUUUUGUCUUUGGUUCAUUGACUUUUAGCUCGUUUCUACCAUUGUCCUUAUGCAAUAUAUUCUUCAUUACCAUUUCUUAUUCUUUUAUAAUGUACUAGUUAAGAAGCUGACUUGUUCUCUGUCUCUUCCUCUUCCUCCUUUUCCUCAUCAUCUUGUUUCUUUCUUUAUCCUCUGUUUACUUCCUCUCUCCCUUCUGUAGCUUUUAGUCUCGGUGUCAGUUCACUCAGGUAGUUCAGGCUUCCUUUGUCUCCUCAAGCAAGCUACAGCUUAGGAAAACAUGUAGUAGUACUCACACUAAGUCAGACAUUGGAUUCUGCUGAUUACCUCUGGGCUGCAGCGGGGUACUGGAGGGGUGAAGUGAUGGACGUGGCUGGCUGCAGGUGGUGCUGUAUAUUCAUUUAUUAGUAGUGCUUUAUGAGCCAGUGUCAAAUUAAAUGUACUUUCUAUGCAGCUGAACAUAUUUAUUAUUUACUGUCUUAGUUAUUUAAUAAUUUAUGUUAUAUGUGUAUCCUGUAUCCUGAAGAACUACAGAGGAACUAUAUUAUUAUAAGGAAAAUUGCCUAUUUCCUAUUCUAUAGUAAAUUAACCAUAGCACAAAACACAUUAAAACCUGUAAACUCUAUCCAGCUUCAAAUACAUACUAAUACAUAUAUGUAACACAUUGAUGAAACACGCUUUGGUUCUGUAGAGCAUCAGACGUGAAGCCUCAUCCUCAGCUCAGUCAUGACCUCAGAGCAGAGCCUGUUGCAUAGUGGAAUGGUGGUGUGCCAACCUUUGAGGCCACCCGUCCUGGUGAGUCAGGCAGAGCAGCACAGAUAAUCACGGUCUGCUCCCCGGCGUGACUGAGGGAUGAUGAUGAGCUGUGAAUAUUUUGUUGAUGUCUCAAAAUGCAGUGCAAUCAUCUCUGCCAAACUUGAAUGUAGUUUGAAAGAUCUCAGUCAAAUUCUCAGUUACUAGAUGUCUUUCUGAAGGAAGCACUGCCAGAAUGCACUAAAAGUAUGAUGACAUUAAGUUAUUGCUGUGCUGUUUGCCUCUUUCUUGUUUUUUGUUACAAUAGAGGUGGAUGCAAAGAAAUAAUUCAUGGAGACCUAUAAUAUUCUAUAUAUUUAGUCAGCAAGAUGUGAUAAAAAUAGUAUUAAGAGUAAUUUUAAUUCAUCAUUUUCAUUCCCUAUUUCAAAAGUCACAGUCUUCUCAAAGGCAUGCUGAGAAUCAAAUACACUGUUGAAUAUGAUGCCUUUUUAAAAAAUGCAGUGAAAGUUGAAGGCAAUAUAAUGCUCUUUAAGAUUAUAUCAUAAAAUUUCUCUUCAUAUACAUUUAAUUUUUUUUGUGAACUGUGACUUAUUUUAUGUUGCUUUUAAUGUCAGAUAGUUUCACUGCCAUUAUAUUUUGUACACAUAACUCAAGAAACUCAGUACUGCAGCUGCCCAAGAUCUCAGAACAGGUAGUGAAAAAUAGUCAUCAAAGUAUUCAUAUGCACCAUGGAUCUCCCCUCCACUUGUUGCAACACAUAUCAUUAAGCACCCCAGUGGAGAUUCUCCUUACAAGAAACUUUUGACAUUCUUUGUAGCGUUUUGUCUUGUCUUGGGAUGCCAAGGUGUUAGCUGGAAGUGAGAAAAUGAACCUCACCUGCCAAGUGUAGCUUUUUGUGAAAGAUAUUUAUGUUUUAUGUUAACCUGGUGGACAUAUUCCACAUGAGUUCAGUCUGUCAUCAGAGAUGGGGAAGAGGAGGAAUUACCCCGUAUAAUAGUAUAUGAUCCUGCGGAGCAUGGUCUAGCACCAGGUUAUAAUGCCAGCUAAAUCCCUGUGAAAAUAUGCCAUAGAUACAACCAAUAAAAAAAAGAAAAUAUUACUAUUUAUCAAUUUGAUCUACAUAUUUUUUAAAUUUCAUUACUUGCAAUGUUAUAAAAAGUCCUUCAAGGAAUUUUUUUCUGGAUAAAUACUGACAACAGUUGUGGCAUAUCAGUAUAAUGUAUCUAAUCAGAGGGAAAAAAGUAUUUUAGAAUUAAAUGCAUGAUAUAUGUAGCAGUAUCAGAUCUGGUUUAGCUAGGCUUAAGCUUGAAUAGAUAAAUAGUGCUCCCGCUUGAGAAAGAGCUUAUGCACCUCUGUAAGAUGAAUGGCAGUGGAAAGCUUUGAUAGGCCCCUGUCCCCCACUCCCUCUACUGUGUGCUUCCAAGUAACACUCAGUGCCUCUCUCUAACCUCCCCUCCCAAGCUGACCUCAGUUCGAGUAGCAUAUACAAGUGUCCCUGGUGUGCUGAAGGGGCAAGUGAAAGGACAAAAAUCCUAUGUGAGAAAUUUGCUGCUGCACCAGAAACCUUAAAAAAUGUUGCCUACUAAAAAGAUCUCAUGAACCCUUUAACUCUAUCUGAAUCACUUGAAGAUUUUAAGUUGAAACAGAAACGAUGGUCAUGAUCGUUCUGUGACAUGUUGAUUAGCUAAGUCCUCAAGCCUUAAAGGAUGUUAACAGUACAUUCAGGUUAGGCAGUUGAUAUGCAAAGAGUCCAUAUUAGUAGCCAAAAACACACGAACCUGAAAUCAAAGAAAUAACUCAUAGAAUACUUUUUAAAUCAUUGGAUAAGAGGUGAGGAGUGGAUAGUAGUAGCGUAUGCGGGUCUUUUGCACACCAGGCAGACACACAUGCAGAAUCCACUCAGCCACCACAUGCAGGCAAAUUCACGACAGCUGCAAGAAAUUUGUAGCAAUAAAAUAACAAAUUACUGUACUUCCCAGUGAGAGAAAAAUGGUUCAGUAUAAUUUUUGAGUCACUGGGAGAAGGUGAAGGAUUACAAUCAUAGAGUCUUCCGAUUUAUGACAAACAGUUGCUAAAAGGUGUGGAGGAGACAGCCGUGUAGUGGUUAGCCGAUGCUUUGAUGAGCUUUCAGAGGCAGGAGUUUUAUGGUUUAUAGCUUUUCUUGUGGCCUCAGGAUUUUGGUGAUUCAUUAUUAUCAUUAUUAUUAUUAUUAUUAUUAUUAUUAUUAUUAUUAUUAUUAUAUAUUAUUUAUUAUUAUCAUUACUAUUGUUAUUCUAUCUCCCUGCCCGGUGUACAUGCUUAAAAGGGGACGUAACUUUGUUUUAUUUAUAUCAAUCUUAUUAUUAUUAGUUUUUGUUACCAUUAUCACUUGUUUUGUUAUUUUAUUCUUCCUUAUUUAUUUUUCAAUUUUUCUAUUACUAUUGCAUCUGGCUUAUAGUGAGGGCAGAGAGGGUUGUUAAGUUCCUCUCUAAGGAAUCAUCAACAUCCUAAAUGCCCCAAGACUUGCUGUUAUUUAUUUAACUUUUCACGUCACAGAAGUACGUUGGGUCAGUAGCCAUGCAGUGGGCCAGAUGCAUGAAUGGCAACUACUGGUAUAGAGUGUGCUUCUGCUUGCUUGCCAAUAGAUCUCAUGUAGGUAUUGAUAAGUUGUGUGUGUGUGUCAAGGGGGAAGAGGUUUUUGUAUAGCACCUUACAUUGAUUUCCUCAUUUUUUUUGUGUGUGUGUUUCAUGCUGCCACAUAUUCCAUCAUUUACUGUUUUCUGGGGUGCAGUUCAACUCAGGAAACUUCUGCAGUGCCAGUCUCAUGUGCUGACCAAGUGUAGUGUGUAGUUUGUGUUGCCUGGAUGUGGUGAAUUGUGUUGCUUGAAUGCAGUAGUUGUAGUCAUGUUGAGCAAAUGGGGUUCCAUGUAUUGCUAGAGGACGGUAGUUUGUGUUCCUUGAAUGUGGUAGUUCCUUGUGCACUCACUGAAGAUUAUAGAAAGGCCGUGCAAACUUUUUUUUUUCUUUCUGAUGCAUGUGGUUAUGAAGGAAGUUGUGUCAUAAUGUGAAAUAAUAUGACUGGCAUGGAUCUUCUGGCACUACACAUAUUUCACCAAUUGCACGCAUCAGAAAGAAAGGGGAAUGAGUGCUGAAAUCGACGGUGAAGUGUAUUGUAUCAGUAAUAUUUCAGUAAGUCUGGUGCCGCUUACAGGACGAUGGGUUGCAGAAAGUAGGUGGAAUGGUAUUGCAAUAUGCUGUGCUGACUUAUGGUCUAAUUUUAUUUUGUACUUAAAUAUUGGGUUUAGUGAUUUGUAUUAUGAGGAAAUUAUUCCAGGUAGGGGUUUUAUUUUGUUAUGUUUAUGAUAUGGAUAAUGGAUGUAUAAUAUUCAUACUUUGUGAUAACUAUGAUGCUGUGGUGCUUUAUUUAUGUGUGUGUGAGUCACAUUUUGUUUUAACUCUACAUUGGUAAGGGAGUUGGUUUGAGACUGAACAACAGUCGCUUUAUUUUUUAUGUAUAGCCAGCAUUAUUUUUAUGUAUAGUUGAUAUGUAUAUUUUGGAAGAGGAUCAGUAAUUCAGUGUGUACCUGAGGUUGCACUCAUUUCUUAUUCUUAGUUUUAUAUGAAAGAAAUCAAUAUGUACUUUAUUUUUCAGUUUGAGAAGGGAACAUGAAAGACAUUGACAGCUUGGUAUAUGAUGUCUUUUCCAAAAAUUAUUGGGAUGUUUCAAAAGCUAGACAAGGGAACAUUAGAGAAAAAUACAAAAGUUUAUUCAUCUUGUAACAUCUUGGUAUGUAUUUUAGUGAUCCAGCAACCCUGUCUUGGACACUGCAGUACAUCCAGAUUAUUUACCAAAAGUACAUCCAAAUGAUUUCCCUAACAAUGUCCCCACAGAGAUUAUACACUCAGGAGUCUUAUUACAUAUCAUGCCUCAGAUUCUCACUCACAAGGCAAUGCUAGACUGUCCCCAGAGCCCAGCAUGUGUGUGUGUGUGUGUGUGUGUGUGUGUGUGUGUGUGUGUGUGUGUUGUUCCUAAAGCAAGUUGAUUUAUGUAUCGUUUUCAUUUUAUAUUUUUAUAUGACCCCUUUAUAGGUUCAUGAGGUUGUGAUGUAUGUCAAGCCAUUUAUCUUUUAUGAUGAAAUGAUACAUAUUUUUUUCCCAUAGUUUUGGGCCAUUUGUCAUUAUGUGGUUAAUUGAGUUUUGUCUUCCCCUACCACUGCAGAAGGCACAUUCAUCAUCGGUAUUUUCUGUUUCUUCAUUCAUGGACAAAGUACUCCUCGGCAAUGUUACAAAUCCUCUACUUUUACAUACUCAAAGUCAUGUUCUAUUUAGUGAAGAUUGUGUUGAUUCCUACAAUACUGCUGUUCCUUUAAAUAUUACAAGAAACACUGGUAGUACAUCAAAGUAUGGAACAUGAAUAUAUGAGUCGUGAUCUGGGCUUCGUGGAUACAUGCAUGUUAUUUUGAACAAUUAUCAAAAACUUCUGGAAAGAAUGUAUGGGUACCUAAUUUACCAAGAAAGAUAUGUAAUGAUUUAAACUUACCAAAAAUGUGCAUAGAAAUAAUUUGUUGUUAUAUGUGCAAUGACAAGUUUUUGGAUGAUCAAGAAUGAGAAUAGAGGUCACAGUUAUGAAGAGGAUGCAGUAUGUGGAAUGUGUGAGUGUGUGCAUGUGUGUGUGUGUGUGUGUGUGUGUGUGUGUGUGUGUGUGUGUGUGUGUGUGUUUAAUUCACCACGGCCUGAUCACAUGUUGGACUCGUAAUCACCAGCAGCUACCCUCCCGACAUGGGCAAGUGCUCUUUAUCGUCGAUCUAUGGGUAGUGAGUGUGGUAUGAGUGUGUGUGUGUGUGUGUUAAAUAAUUUCAUCACGUUGGCUUGUGUGAUAGCUACAUUUAUUAUUAUCUUAACGCUGCUAGUUGUGCAUAAUAAUGGCCUCGUGUGCUCAGUUAGCUCUGUCAAUAGGGAAUCACAUGUUAGGCCGUAGUGAGUGAUUUUAUUGUCCACAUGUAUGAUAAUUUGCUGUAUAGUAUUUAUUUCCCUGGUAAGGUGUAGCUCAUCACCCAGGUUGUAUAUGUGUAAACUGUUGCAAUAUGGGUUUCAUUCCGUGGAUGUAAACAGUGCAGGGUUUCAAUUAAUUUGCUUAUUAUUGAAUUGUAACAUUCAAUAAAAUUCUGUCGUGUAUACAAUUGC